AUGGACGGGAUAGAGUGUCGAAUGGUUGAAGGACUGCUUUCAACCCUAUUGACUCUCACUCAUGCCUACUUCACUCUUGGUUCUUCCCGCGAAGUCGAGUAUCUUUCUAAGCAAACACAGGAUCUCGCCGAGUCCAUUAAUGCCCCGACCAUGGUUGCUCGUGCACUGAUGCGCAUGGGUGAGAUCCAGUUAUACCAGAGGCAGCUAGAUGCAGGAAAGGACUGCUUGGUCGAGGCUGCGGAGUUGCUACAGGAUCUGCCGGGUGUGGAUGCAGCUGAUAUGAGAGGGCUGAAUGGAGAUUGGAAUCGCUUGAAUGAGCAAACCCAGGACGCAAGGGACCUCUAUGAGGUGGCAUGUGCGAUGCUUGGUGAACUCGAGGGAAUGUUGGGGUCCUUCGACGGCAGGCGAGAUCGCCGUAAAUACAGCGUAACGCUCUCACCACAAGUUACCUUAGCUGCCGCCGGACAGAAAGCAAUAGUCCCUACCUUGUUGUCUGACAUUCUCCGUCGCCAUAUCUGUUUACUACACGAUGAUGGAGAUGCUGAGAUCAAGGAUCUGAUAGAGCGUCUUAUGGCUUUGUCCACUUCCCAAGACAUAAAGGGAAAAGAGCAUCCACUUAUGGGGAAACUUACCCUGCAUAACGUCUACGACCAAUUCCGUUCGGAUAUGUUUCUGAGCUCUUUGGCUGAAUCUACGAUUGCACUGCUGACGAGCAUGACAAGCGACCGAGCGGUAUCGCUUACACCUUCGAUCCAAGAUAUCUCGAGUACUCUGGAUCAAGCAGAGAAAUUCUUUUGGGCUGACCUUGGACUUACUGCGCACCGGGGGAACGUCCCCCACAUCCACGAAGCGACUGUAAACCUUGCACUCAUCAAAGCACUUCAGACAUCCCCCAUUAUUGCUGCGUGCCUUCUUGCAAUUUACCUGAUGGAGCCUAUUUUGACGCUGGACUAG